ACAAUGAAUUGUAAUAUUGGCUCCACUCCUGGGAAGGAAUUAUUUUGUUACUUUCAUGUAGAUGGAGAAUUUGUUAUUAGUCCUGAAGGUCAAGUUAGAUAUCAUGGAGGCAGAGUACAUGCAGAAACGAUAAAAGAUGGAAUGACACUUGAAGAUUUAAGGGCAACUAUAUCAGAAUGCAGUGGUUAUGAUGGUAGCAGUUGGGACAUGAAGUAUACUGUCAAGUAUGAUGAGAGGACAUUAAUUAAUCUUGUUGAUGAUAGCGGAGUUAGAAAUCUUUUUGUGCAUAAUGACAUCAUUGCGCAUGUGUAUGUAUCAUUGAAAGGCAAUGAGACUGAAAGACAUAAAAUCAAUGAUCAAGAAAUAAUUGAGACAGAACCACAUGAGAUGACUGAUGCGCAAAUGUAAGUAAAAAAAUUUUUGCUGGUGUAAGU